GAGAAGUGCUCAUCAGGGACCUAGCAAACGUGACCACAGGACUAGGGUCGAAGUUGAUGGGAGGUGGAAUUGAUAUUUUCACACGGGAGAGAGUUUUUUUGGAGUGUUUCGAUCAAUGCUGUCGUACACAGUGACCAUCGCCACGGGAAGCCAGUGGUUUGCAGGUACCGAUGACUACAUCUACAUUACGCUGGUGGGCACCGAGCGCUGCAGUGAGAGGACUCUGCUGGACAAGCCUCUUUACGAUGACUUUGAGAGGGGAGCGGUGGAUUCCUACUUGGUGAAGGUAGACGAGAACCUGGGUGAGAUUGUGUUGGUGAAGCUGGAGAAAAGGAAAUACUGGGUUCAGGACGACUGGUACUGUAGGUACAUCUCCAUAAAGACCCCGGAUGGUGACAAUGUGGAGUUUCCAUGCUACCGCUGGCUGGUCGGUGACAAGGAAGUGGUGCUGCGAGAUGGGCAAGGUCACCUGCCUCAGGAUGAUAAGACAACCCUGGUCAAGCAACACAGAAAAAACGAGCUGGAAAUGAGGCAGAAAGCCUACAGAUGGAUGGAGUGGCAGCAAGGCUUUCCGAUGAGCAUCGAUGCCAAGAGACACCAGGAUUUGCCCCGAGACAUCCAGUUUGACAGUGAGAAAGGAGUGGAUUUCGUACUGAAUUACAGCAAAGCAAUCGAGAACCUUUUUGUGAACCACCUCAUGCACAUGUUCCAGUCGUCCUGGAGCGACUUUGACGAUUUUGAGAGGAUCUUUUGGAGAAUCAAAAACACAAUCUCAGAGUACGUGAUGCAACACUGGAAAGAAGAUUUCAUGUUCGGGUACCAAUUCCUGAACGGCUGCAAUCCUGUCGUCAUCCAAAAGCUCACCAAACUUCCCGACAAGUUUCCCGUCACCAAUGAGAUGGUCGCUGUCAGUCUGGAGAGAGCGUUGACUCUGGAGGAGGAAGUUAAGGCAGGUAACAUCUACGCGGUGGACUACGAAGUGUUGGACGGCAUUAAACCAAACUGUACAGAUCCGUGCACCCUGCAGUACUUGGCGGCUCCCAUCUGUCUUCUGUACAAGAACACGCGCAACAAGAUUCUGCCUAUAGCCAUACAGUUGGGUCAGACUCCUGGCGAGGACAACCCCAUCUUCCUGCCCACGGACGGCGAGUACGACUGGCUCCUGGCGAAGAUUUGGGUGCGAUCGGCCGACUUCCAGCACCACCAGACGGUCACGCACCUGCUCAGGACGCACCUGAUCUCGGAGAUGUUUGGUGUCGCCAUGUUCAGGCAGCUACCCGCCGUCCACCCGGUAUACAAGCUCCUCAUUCCACACGUCCGUUUCACCAUCGCCAUCAACACCAAGGCCAGAGAGCAGCUCAUCUGCGAGUGUGGAAUCUUUGACAAGGCAAACGCCACGGGCGGAGGUGGUCACGUGCAGCUGGUUCGGAAGGCCACGAAAGCCCUGACCUUCAGGUCUCUCUGCUUCCCCGACAUGAUCAAAGCUCGGGGAGUGGACAGCGCGCAGGACCUGCCCACCUACUUCUACAGAGAUGAUGGCUACAAGGUGUGGGAGGCCACCAAGAGCUUUAUUUCCGACGUGGUCUCUAUUUACUACACAAGCAACGAAAAGGUCCAGGGAGAUGUGGAAAUCCAGGCGUUCGUCAAAGACGUGCGCACCUGUGGCAUGCAAGACUUUGAUUCCUGCGAGUUUCCCAAGGCGCUGAAAUCCCGCGAAGAGCUGAUCGAGUACUUGACCGUCAUCGUGUUCACGGCAUCGGCGCAACACGCAGCCGUCAACUUUGGACAAUACGACUGGUGUUCCUGGAUUCCCAACGCUCCGUCCACCAUGCGAAAGCCCCCCCCUAAGGAGAAGGGUUUGGCCAACGUGAACCUGAUCAUCGACAGCCUCCCGGACCGAGGACGCUCCAGCUGGCACCUGGGAGCCGUCUGGGCCCUCAGCCAGUACCAGGAAAAUGAGCUCUACUUGGGCAUGUACCCCGACGAGCACUUCACCGAGAAGCCAGUGAAGGCGGCGAUGGAGAAAUUCAGGAAGAGCCUGGCGGAGAUCAGCAGCGCCAUCAAGACGAGGAACCAGGGCAAGAAACUGCCCUACGACAACAUGUCCCCCGACAAGAUACCCAAUAGUGUCGCUGUUUGAGGGAUACGCGCUCAUUAAUUUUGUGUACAAACGUUUGCUCACGCGGUGCGUCGUAUUUUCACAGAAGCAGACAAUAAAAAAAACUUAGCAUGUC